AUGUCUGGACGUGGUAAAGGAAAAUCCUCCAAGAAAGCCGUCUCGCGAUCCGCGAAGGCUGGUUUGCAAUUCCCGGUUGGCCGUAUCGCGAGAUACCUCAAGGUUGGCAAAUUCGCCACCCGCGUCGGCGCCGGCGCCCCGGUCUACUUAGCCGCGGUGUUGGAAUACUUAGCGGCGGAAGUUCUCGAACUCGCCGGGAACGCUUCCAGAGACAACAAAAAGUCCAGAAUCGUACCGAGACACAUCCAACUGGCCAUCCGAAACGACGAGGAAUUGUCCAAGUUGUUAGGGACGGUCACGAUCGCCUCCGGUGGGGUCUUACCGAACAUCCACUCGGUCUUGUUGCCGAAGAAAGGCAAGAAGUCUGGCUCCGUGUCCCAAGAAUAUUAA